GCCCCGCCGUGUGCAGGCCGGCAGCGGGCCCGGUUGGUGCGGGCCCUGCGGGCGCCGGGCGGGGCGCUGUGCGCGGCGGCGCUGACGUGGCCGGGGCGCGGGGCGGCCAUGGCGGACGGGAGCAGGCAGAGCCGGCUGGCGGCGGCCAAGAAGAAGCUGAAGGAAUAUCAGCAGAAGAAUAACCCUGGAGCAGCUGCAGGAGCCAAGAAGAAACGCAAAACUAAGGAAGGCAGUAGGCCUGAGACUCCCACCAACGAUGACCAGCAGCCUCCAGAGAAUAUUCAGAACAUUCUGAAGGUGCUGGUGUCAGACCUUAACCGCUCCAAUGGGGUAGCCAUACCCUCAUUGGACAAGAGGAAGGCGUACUUUGACAGUGAUGUUGCCACUCGUAACGCUGAACAGCUUGCUACCGAUGUCCCUGUGCUAUCUAACAGCAACAGCCUACCUGGCUGUGGUUCUGUUCUGCCUGCUCCUGCAAGCAUGCAGCUGACACAGAUUCAUGAAGCUGAGGAUCGUAAAAAUACUUUGGAUGAGAACAGGUCUUUUUCGUCAACAGAAAGUCUCCGCCAGUUGUCCGAACAACUCAAUGGCCUGGUUUCUCAGUCCACAUCGUAUGUGAAUGGGGAAAGUGCAGUUUCUCCAACGAAUAUUAAGGAAAUGGAAACACGUUACCAGGAGCUGGCAGUAGCCCUGGAUUCCAGCAAUCUAACUAACAAACAGCUCGUUACAAAGAUAGAGGAAUUGAAACAGCAGAACCAAGAAGCAGUGAAUCAGCUGGAGAAGGAAAAGAAGGAGUUUGAACAGAAAUUUUCUAAAGAGCAAGCAGCACUGAGGGAACAGCUACAGGUUCAUAUCCAGACUAUUGGAAUUCUAGUUUCUGAGAAGUCUGAGUUGCAGACAGCCCUUGGACAUACUCAGCAAGCUGCACGGCAGAAAUCAGGAGAAGCUGAAAGCCUUGCUGCUCGUUUACAUUCAUCCCGCCAGAGGGUAUCAGAGCUAGAACGUACUUUGUCCUCCAUCUCUAUGCAGCAGAAGCAGUCAGAGAAGCAUAAUAAAGAGUUGGUGAAGGAGCGAGACAACCUGAAAAUGGAACUGUACAAACGAAGCAAAAGUAGUGAGGAAAUAAAGCAGCAGAACUCGGAGCUGUCAGAGCAAGUUCACUCCCUGGUUUCCAAGAACUCAGCUAUGAAGUUGGAUAUAGAGGAUUUGCAUAAGAAACUGGAAAUGGCUGAACUGAUGAUUCAACAGUUCUCAAAUCAGGCAGGGAGUCUGGAUGCAAACCAGCAGUUGCAGAUGGCACUGGAGGAGAAGGCGAGCUUGGAAACCCAGGUUGCUCAGCUCUCAGAAUCACUUCAGCAGCUCCAGAUAGAAAGAGAUCAGUACGUAGAGAAACUGAAGGAUGAGCAGAGCAUUUGGCAGCAGCGGGUACAGCAGCUCUCUGAGCAGAUCCACACAAUGGCAGAGGAGAAGGAGAAGCACAUGGCCCAAAUUCGGGAGCUGGAAGCCAACAUAACUGAGCUGUUGAGCAAGUCAGCAGUUAAGCCAAUGGAUAUCGAGCCUUCCUCACCUCCAGGGCCCACAGCAGCUGAGCUGAGUCUGCAGGAAGAGAUCCAGCGGCUGCAGCAAGAGAGGGAGGAACUGAACGGGCAGUACCAGGCCCAGGUCCGCGACAAUGAGCAGCUAAGCCAUCUCAACCGGGAGCAAGAGGAGCGGCUGCUGGAGCUGGAGAAGGCUGUGCAGCGCUACAAUGAGGAGGCUGUGGACAGACAGCAGAUCCUGGAGGACAUGCAGAGUGACAAGGCCACAAUCAGUAGGGCAUUGAGCCAAAAUCGGGAGCUGAAGGAGCAGCUGGCUGAGCUGCAGAAUGGGUUUGUCAGACUGACAAAUGAAAACAUGGAGGUUACAAGUGCCCUACAGUCAGAACAACAUGUAAAGAAAGAGCUGGCCAAGAAGCUCGGGCAGCUGCAGGAGAACCUGGGGGACCUCAAAGAGACGCUGGAACUGAAGACACAGGAGGCUCGGGGGCUGCAGGAGCAGCGGGACCAGUACUACAGCCACUUACAACAAUACACCGUGGCAUACCAGCAGCUGUCUGCCGAGAAGGAGGAACUGCACAAACAGUACUUGUUGCAGACACAGCUUAUGGAUCGGCUGCAGCAUGAGGAGGUUCAGGGGAAGGUGACAGUGGAAAUGCACCUGAAAGAGCUGCAGCAGACCAAGGAAAAUCUGGAAGCUGUAGCUAAGGAAAACAAAGAGCUGCAGGCCCAGAUCAGCCAGUUAGCAGCAGACCUGGAUGGCAGGAUUUUGCACCGACUGGAUGGAGAUGGAGUUGAAAGUGAAGCAAUGGAUGAAGAAAUCCAAACAUCUUCAUUUGUUAUCCCAGAGAAGUUUGAAAGCCAUGAAGAAAUGGUCUCUUUCUUGACAUCUGCCAUGUCCCAAGUGGAGAAGGAGCGAGAAGACAUGAGGCAGCAGCUGGCUGCUCAGAAACAGCAGUGCAGAAGCCUCCUGCAGCAAAUAGCAGCUCUGAGGCAGGAGCAGCAGCACAGCGUCACGCUGGGCAGAGGUUCCACUGUGGAUACUGUUCCAGUGGAGGUUCAUGAGGCUUUGAGAACUGCCAUGGAAAAACUACAGUCCCGUUUCACAGACCUGAUGCGUGAGAAAGCUGAUCUGAAGGAACGGCUGGAAGAGUUAGAACACCGCUGCAUACAGCUGUCUGGGGAAACGGACACCAUCGGGGAGUAUAUUGCGUUAUACCAGAGUCAAAGGGCUAUCCUCAAGCAGCGACACCAGGAGAAGGAGGAAUACAUCAGCAGAUUGGCUCAGGAUAAGGAAGAGAUGAAGAUGAAACUACUGGAACUGCAGGAUUUGGUGAUGCGCCUGGUCAGGGAAAGAAAUGAAUGGUACAGCAAGUACGUAGCAGUGGCUCAAAACCCAGAGCUGUUGGCAAGCCAGAGUGAAAGCGCGCUUCCAGCGGAGAGGCGCAUUGAACUGAAUGCUACUGAUGGAGAAGGGUUACGGGAAGUGAAUUUAUCAGAUGAGGCAGAACAAGCGGCUGCUCUUCAUCAAUCCGGUUUCUCCCCUAUUGACAGUAAAGCUGUUCAGCCAAGCCCAGAGGACCCCACAGCAAAGCAAAUAAUGCAGCUGCUCAGAGAAAUCCAGAACCCACAGGAAAGGCUGGGGUCCCCGAUGGAAAAUCCCUGCAUUCCCUUCUUCUACCGCGCUGAUGAGAACGAUGAGGUCAAAAUCAUGGUAGUUUAAGUGGCACUAAAUCCUAUUUAGAGCAAUUUUCUGAGCCUGAAAGGACCUAACUGACUUGUACGUGCUCAUACCUCUGCUCAGUGCCCUUGGUCAGAACAGAUACCUACUUUAAAGACAUCAGGAAAGAGGGAUUGCGUCAGCCAGAAUUUGAGCAUCAGACCUCAUCUUCUCUUUCUUUUGCUUCUGUUACUUGCCGUGCUUGGAGAACAAGCAGGCUCCACCUGAGCCCGGGAGGUGGCAGGUGCUGGUACGUCACCUGGGCCACGUGCAGGCUGGUGGGAAGGAGAGUCCAGGACUUCUGGCAAAAUGACUUUAUCCCUUGUCCCAGGCUCUGCUGCCAGCAGCCAGCGUCACAGCAGUGACCGAGCAGCGGUUCCGAUUCAUCACUCAUGACUAUAAUUGGCCUAGUUCCUUCCAGGGCCCCCAAAGUAACGAACUAACUUCUCGUAAUGAACUCUUUGGACUCUAAACAGGUGGGGUUUUGUUUCAUACCAUAUAUUUUAAUCUUCCCACUUUCUUCUGCAGCCUGCCUCUUGCAAAUGUAUCUGAAACAGCCAAAAGAGAGGGGCUUCGGGCUCACUGGGCAGCGCUACAGCCCAGUUUAUUCUCAUUGCUAGGGGAAGGGACCGAGGGUUGCCUUUUGAGUCUUCUUGGUUACUUGACAAAGCUUUAUGUGAUUCUUGGGAGUGGGGUGGAAAUGUAACUGCACUUUGAAGGAUGAUGUGUUUCAAUUGUAUGUGUCUGAAGGUUUUAUUUAUUUAAAAAUAUGGGAGAAAUAAGUAAAAGGAAACUACUUACUUAAGAAACAAUGCUUUGUUUUGAAUUUCUGAGCUCUAGGGGUUCUAGUUCUCCAUCACUUACUAAAAUGGGAGAGGAGGAAAGUUAAGGAGUGCAUUAAACAGGUGAAAUCCAAGACCUUGUGGCCCUAUUUAAGUUUCCCGGGAGACACAUCAGCGAUGGAGGCAUUGCCUGACGUUGCCUUGAAGCUGUAGCCCCAGUUCUAAGGAGAACGCAAUUCCCCAAAGCAGCAGCAAAGCAAAUCCCCUUGAGUGUAAGUGAAGUGAGCUGCAUGGGGGCAGCCUGAACUGCACUUAGAACCAUGGAAUGGUUUGGGGUGGAAGAGACCUCAAAGCCCAUCCAGUUCCACCCCAGCCACAGGCAGGGACACCUCCCACAGGAUCGGGGGCUCAAAGCCUCAGAGCCUUUCAGGCAGCAGCUCCCUGUUCUCAAGAGGAUCCGCUUCAGUAAUGAGAGUUUUAAGGAAAAAAACGGGAGGUUGAAGGGACGUGAUGGUCAGAGCUGUGUGAUCCAACCACCUGCGACAGCAUAUGCCACCUCGCUGUUACCCAUUGAGAUGCAGGCACAGGAACGCCGUAGCAAUUCUGGGGUUUGUCAACAACAAAAAGAGCGACCAUUCCUUUCUUCUGUGUCCAAGUUGGACAAGAUUUACCCCGGGAGUGGCAGAGAGCACCAAAAGCAGAGGGAGCGUGUGUGGGGUUGCGUUUUAUUUUUUAAUGGCUCAUUCUGAUUUUUCCCUAUACAACUGAAGAAAGUGUACGCAGAAUAAUUAGUGUUUUCCUGUAAACCCACCAGGGAAAGGGGGAAGCUAUUUUUCUGAGCUCCUUUCAUUUGAACAGCACUAACAGCAUCCAUUAUUCACACAACACAAGGUGCAUAGGUUCCCAAGCUCCAGGCCGUGCACAGGUGUGUAUGUGUAAAAUGCUGUAUAUUCCUUGCAAAGAGACCAAGCCUUUUGCUGCGCUUAUGCCUGCUCGGGCUAUUCAUAAAUAACGAAGGCAGGACUGUGCUUUAAUACAGAGCAUUAUUAAGAUAGAAUAAAUAUUUAUUGGGUGUUCUCCUCUAGUACUUGUCUCUGAAGGAGACACCAGAAGCAGAGGGAGCGCGCAUGGGGUUGUGUUUUAUUUUUUAAUGGCUCAUUCUGAUUUUUCCCUAUACAACUGAAGAAAGCGUACGCAGAAUAAUUAGUGUUUUCCUGUAAACCCACCAGGGAAAGGGGGAAGCCGUUUUUCUGAAGGAGACAAGACAAGGGAAGGUGAGCAGACUAUAACAAACUUGCUUUCUGAAUAUUCAGAUGGGUACCAAGUAGAGGUAUUUCUUCUGUUCAGAUCACCCUGAAAUAUGGCCAGGAAAAAAGAAGAAUGAAUUCUUUAUCAAAACGACGCUGGCCCAGCUCUAGAAACACCUGCGCUGGCAUCAGUGCCCUCCACAGAUGUUUUCCUGGAGGCAGCCUGCUGACAAGCCUGAGACAUUCCUCCAGGCAAUCAUUUCGCAUCCAGACCCUUGGUUCAGAUUAAUUUCUCAUCCUCUUCCCUUUACAAGCGUUUGCCUGACUCCACCUUCGAGUGAACCAAGAGCAGGAACUACUCAAGAGCUUUAAAUUAGAGCAACUGAACCACCUCUGCAUUGAGGAAAAAUAGAAGAAUGCUUCUAAAGCCAUAAGCAGCAAACAUCAGGAAAGAGCUCUUCCACUGGAAAGAGGACACGUCCUUCGGCUGGGCUGUAGCUGAGCUGGUAGGAGCUUAUGGUGCUUGGGCAGGGAAGCUGGCGUUCUCAUCAGAACAUACUUAACCUUUGGCAACCAGCGGAUGAGAGGUUGCUAGUUUUGCAAAUUAAGGCUUUUAUUUGAAGAAUUCUGCCUUUAAAAAUAUAAUAUUUCCUAGGAACAACCCUGUGACACUAGGGAGAGGUAGAACUGUUCCAAAGGGAGGAAAGGACAGGGUAGGGCAAGCACUAGUUAUUGACUCAGUUGUGCAAAAGCUGAAGUUACAAUGCAAAGCCAAGCAGGAGUCAGAGCUGCAAGACAUAGGAAGGAAUAACUAGAGAUCUCUGUCCACACAACCAUCACCGAUACCUGCUAUGAAUAAACUCUUCAAGGUGGUUUUUAGUGCACUAAGGUGUUAUUCGGGUACAAGGGAGAUCUAAUAAGUACCACAGCAAAGGGCACUUGGGGAUAAAUCAGGAACCUCCAUAUUGCUGGUUCCUCCCUGCAGUCGUGCUGGACCCCACUGCCCAGGAGCGUAAGGAAUCCACUGCAAUUGUUGGGAUGACAACGCUAGGUUCAGGAAUUACAGAAACAGCUGUUGCUGUGAGAAGUGGCAACCAUGAUCCAAGACCCGUGGCACUCCCUGCUUUGGCAUGCAGACAGCAGGAACAGAUUUACCCCGUUUAUACUAGGGGAGAAACCCCACUUCUGCUUAAGAGCAACUCCCAAGCAGGAGGCAGCCACGUGCGUUAGCCUGUGUUCGGGCUGCCCUUCAGCUACAGGCCCAAACCACACCGCUCGACACAGAAACUACAGCACCUGCUCCUGAGUUCCACAAACACCCCAGGCAAAAAUAGCUUUGAAGAACUAAAGAAUUUUGUGAGCAAAACUCCCACCUUCUGCAGAUCCGGUCACUGAAGCACCUCCAUGCAUUUUCCUUUCAAAUGGAAGAAGGGAGUUACCUCUCCCAUCGGUUGGACAAGCGGUUUGACUCUGCCACAGCUCCUGAGCACCACCGUGAAUGCAGAGCUGUUCUACCUUCCCUAUUAGCGACAGCACCUGCUCACAUCUACAGCUUUUUAAGCUCUACAGGAUGAAAAGAUUAGGUUAUAAUUAAACACAGUUUGAAAAUCACCCAGAGAAAGAGCAAGAGAAAGAGAGAUGGUUUUAUUCUAGUCAUGGAGACCUUCAUUAUACAGAAAUGAUAGUUUAUUUCAUCCAAUAAACAAGAGUGACAGGUAGCUCACAAACUGCAUCACAGCUACUACCAGCACUGAGACGGUUCACCCACAAGUCUGGGGUAAUACAAUAACCCGACUGCACACAGCAGAGAAUUCAACAAUCAGCUCAAAAACUCAACAUCAGGAUUUGGUUAACUUUUUGCAUGUGUGUGUAUAUAUAUAUGUAUAUAGAUAUUCUUUCCCUACUUUACUAUUUCCUAAAAUCCACAUGGAAGCACAAAUGGCUUUAAACACCUGGACAUAUAUAGAUUUUUCAUCUUUUAUAUAUAUAUAUAUUUAUAGAUAUUUAUAACAGUAAAGAUAUGUUUCUCAUUACUACAAUAUACUUGUUUAACUCCUUUAAGCAGCUGGGAAGAAAAGAAAAACCAACACAGUUUCACUACAAUCACAUCCGAUGUGUGUGUCACAAAAUACAAACAGAACAAACCAUGUGUGAGAUUCGAGUCAGACCAUUCCAGGACAGAACAGCUAAGAGGCAGGCAAAGAGUCUCAGAGGGAGCAGGCCUACAUGUCAAAUGGUGGUUUGGGGCUCUCCGGGCGGGAGGGACUGGCCUUACCCGGCCGGCUGGAGUUUAAAGACAAGAGAAACAAAGAGAAAAGGAAAAGGGAAAGGGAAGGAAAAGGAGG